AUGCCCCGUGUGCUCACAAGGCUGCGGAGCUCAGGUCUCAGGAGUGGGAAGCAGAAGCUUCUGGAAUCUUCAGUCAGAGCUUGUCAGGGAAGCCACAGACAACGGACACAGAAAGGGUUUGAGUCCCAGCUGGGACUCAGUGCCCCGUGGAGGGAACCAGAGGCACCUGGGGGAAGGCAGGGCGUGGCAGCAACAGCUGAGAACCGGGCCCCAGCCUCGGCCAGGAGUCUACCCAGCUUUGUUGCUCCAAGGCUGGGCGACUUGGAUCGCUGCAGGCAAGCUUGGCCUCUGCCCCUACUCUGCCCCCUGCACCCUCGUGACCUGAAACUUGCCACUUCUCCGGACUUGAAGUGUCCCGCCUGCAGUCUGGGAGCGGCAAUUCCUGCCUGUGACACCAAGAGCCAGCGGCUUCUGCGUAUUCCCGGUGCUGCACACACAGCCUUGUCACGCCAUGGGAACAUUAUCGCGCUGGCUCCCACGCGGAAAAGCAGUCACAGAGCUCUGAUGCCGAGAUCUCGAAUAUCAUUAUGUGUGGGGCUGAGGACCUGCCGGCGUCUUCCGAGGAAAUCUUGUACAGUGUCUGAAUUUCUCCAAGGGUCCUGGCUGCCUCAGCUUUCCGGAUGGACUGCCCAAGAAGGGCAUGUGCCUGUGCUCCGGUUGUGAUUUCCUAACAUCCACCUGGGGGAGUGGGUGGCACAGGGAGUCCAGACUCAUCAGGGACCUGCUGCGUUUCUCUCUGUUAAAAAAAUAAAAAUGGAAAGAAUUUUAUAACGACAA